AUGGGGGAGCCCCACCUCCCUCUCCUUUUCUCUCCCUCUCUCUCCGCAGUUCUUCUCUGAGGGAGAGAUUGUCUUCUCCGCCUCUCCGAUGGCGACAGCUCCUACCCUGUCUCCAGAACUCCCUCCCUUCUCUCCUCUCUCUCCGGUCGAGGAGUAAUUGGGGGCGGUUUCUAUGGGCUCCUGGUAUUGUUGGCGGUGGUCAACCAGUGGUGGCCUGAGAUCCCGUCGUGAUCAUCACGACGAUGACUGACGAUGGCUACCAGCCCUCUCUCUUGCAUAUAAACGCCAACCCUCUUCCCUCUUCGUGUCCGGUCAUCGCCUAAACUCGUGCUGAGUGGACGCCGUCGGCCCCUCCUCCUCUUCCUCUCACACUCCUCUGCUCAGAGUGAGAGGGCUCUGCAGGACAAGCUCGGGGGAUCCGAAUCGAAGCUUUUACGAGUUAGGAAAGGAGUGGCAGGCGGUCGUUGGAAGUCUGAAUGGAUCGUUACAAGCCGAAGGUCGUCACCGGAGAGAACGGCUACGUCCUCGAGGACGUCCCUCACUUGUCCGAUUACAUCCGCGAAGUUGAUCUCCCUACUUAUACGAACCCUUUGCAGUUCAAUCCGGCAUAUGCGGCUGUAAAGCAGUAUUUUGUUAACUCUGAUGAUACCGUCACCCAAAAGAUUGUAAUUCAUGAAAGUAGCCCAAGGGGAACUCAUUUUCGACGAGCAGGGCCCCGGGAGAAGGUCUACUUCCACCCAGAUGAGGUCAGUGCCUGUAUUGUGACAUGUGGUGGCCUCUGCCCAGGCCUUAACACGGUCGUCAGGGAAUUGGUGUGCGGCCUCUACCACAUGUAUGGCGUCACUAGAGUGUUCGGAAUCGAGGGAGGCUACAAGGGCUUCUACAGCCGCAACACCAUAACGUUGACGCCCAAAGUGGUUAACGACAUUCAUAAGCGCGGUGGCACCAUACUCGGCACGUCGCGAGGUGGGCAGAUUACCAAGAGGAUAGUUGAUAGCAUUCAGGACAGAGGAAUUAACCAGGUGUAUAUAAUUGGAGGGGAUGGUACCCAAAAAGGUGCUCUUGAUAUUUAUGAGGAGAUCAAGAGUCGUGGACUGAAGAUUUCUGUUGUUGGUAUUCCAAAAACUAUCGAUAAUGACAUUGCGAUUAUCGACAAAUCUUUUGGGUUUGACACUGCGGUGGAAGAGGCCCAAAGAGCCAUUAACGCAGCACAUGUAGAAGCUGAAAGUGGUGAAAACGGUGUCGGAUUUGUGAAGCUGAUGGGUCGCCAAAGCGGUUUUAUUUCCAUGUACGCCACACUGGCCAGCAGAGAUGUGGACUGUUGCCUAAUCCCUGAGUGCCCCUUCUACUUGGAGGGUAAGGGUGGCCUGUUUGAUUACAUGGAGCACCGUCUCAAAGAGCAGGGCCACAUGGUUAUUGUCGUGGCCGAAGGGGCAGGGCAGAAGCUUUUGCGUGAAAGCACGCUGUCCACGGAGCAAAAAGAUGCAUCUGGAAAUGCUCAACUUCUUGAUGUUGGCUUGUGGUUGUCUCAGAAGAUCAAGGAACAUUUUAGCAGGAAGAAGAUUGUACUGAACCUCAAGUACAUAGACCCCACGUACAUGAUUCGUGCCAUCCCCAGCAAUGCGUCAGACAACGUCUACUGCACCCUCCUUGCUCACAGUGCUCUUCAUGGUGCCAUGGCCGGAUACACAGGCUUCACCGUCGGGCCUGUAAAUGGCAGACACGCAUAUAUACCUAUUCCACGUGUGAUCGAGACACGAAAUCAAGUUUGUAUAACCGACCGAAUGUGGGCGAGGCUGCUCUCCUCCACAAACCAACCGAGCUUCUUCUGUAAGAACUGCGACAUUAAGGCGGAGAGCAAAGAAGAAUCCUGCGGCGUGUGCGAGAAUGGCGACCACAAGGCCCAUGCUAAACCAGAAUCUUGUGCACCGAAGCCGCCAGUUGGGCCGAAGAGCAGCAAGCCCGUGACCGCAAACGGCACGUCAUCUGCUCAAGCAACGAAAUGAAUCAAGAAGAAAUUGCAGAGUUUUGUGCUUAGCUCGCUCUUGUUUUUUCAGAGAGAUGGCAGCUGAGAGAAUAUACAGCGAGUAUUCUGUUGUCUUACAUGUUCUUCUGCGGGUAUAUCUUUCUCGUUUUGUAAAACGGCCAUGCGCUCCCCUGGUGAUCUCAGGGUUGCCUGUAGCAGUGCGGUGGCAAAUAAUACUUUCUACAACAAAAUAUUAGAUGUAGGGGAAAUCCUUCCAGGUUUCUCGUUAUUUUGUGGUC